AAACUGACUGACUCCUCAUCAGGUAUCUUAAGACAAAAACUAUAGUUAUAUAUGGAUAUUGUGACUUUCAUUUGGGGUGUUGGAACGAAGCUGUGGGGGCCGGUUACUCAUCAGAUAGGCUAUCUGGUCCACUAUAAGAAGAAUUUGGAGAAUCUCAAAGCUGAAGUAGAAGCACUAGAGGCCUUAAGGAAAGAUAACCAAGAAUCUGUGCGAGCAGCUGAAAUGAAUGGAGACGAAAUCAAAGCUCAGGUGCAGAUAUGGCUGAAAGGGGCUGAUGCAGCUACAGUGGAGGUGGAGAAAGUGAUAGAUGAUUUUAAAUUGAACAAGAGAUGCUUGUGGGGGUGUUGUCCUGAUUGCACAUCGCGGUACAAGCUAAGCAGGAAAGCAGUGAAAGAUGCAGUCACCAUUGGUGAACUUCAAGAUAAAGGAAAAUUUGAAAGGGUCUCGCUCCAAAUUAGGAAGCCCUUGGAGAUUGAGUCCAUGAUCUCCACGGGAGAUUUUGAGGCCUUCGAAUCAACACAACAGGCAAUGAAUGAGGUCAUGAAGGCACUAAGGGAUGAUAACGUUAAUGUCAUCGGGGUCUAUGGAAUGGGGGGCGUGGGCAAAACAACCAUGGUGGAACAAGUAAGCGUGCAGGCCCGUAGAGAUGAACUGUUUGAUCAUGUGGUCAAGGCUGUUGUUUCGCAAAACAUCAACCUGAAGAUGAUUCAAGGUCAAAUUGCAGAUAUGUUGGCAGUGAAGCUAGAUGAUGAGACUGAGGCCGGAAGGGCAGGCCAUUUGAAGGAAAGGAUAAUGAGAGGAAGGAGGAUCCUCAUAUUCUUGGAUGAUCUCUGGGGGAGAAUAGAGUUAGCAAAAAUAGGAGUUCCUAGUGGCAGGGACCUUGAAGCUUGCAAAUCGAAAAUCAUACUCACCACAAGGCAGGAGAAUGUGUGCCAUGCCAUGGAAAGCCAAGCAAAAGUCCCUCUUCAUAUCCUCUCUGAGCAGGAUUCUUGGAGGUUGUUUAGGAAGAAAGCAGGAAAUGCUGUCGAUUCCGCUGAUUUCCAUGACAUAGCAUGGAGGGUUGUCAAAGAAUGUGGGGGUCUCCCAAUUUCUCUAGUAGUAGUUGCAAGAGCACUGGGGGACAAGGACCUGGAAGAAUGGAAAGAGGCUGCUCGACAACUUGAAAUGUCGAAUCCUACAAAAGAUGAUCAUGAUCACACGGUUUUCAGAUGUAUAAAGUUUAGCUAUGAUUACUUGAAACAUGAAGACGCCAAGCGGUGCUUUUUGAAUUGUUGCCUGUUCCCAGAGGACACCAAUAUCAACAUCGAAGACUUGGUGAAGUAUGGGAUCGGGCAAGGGUUGUUUCAAAAUGCUAAUACAGUGGAAGAAGCAAGGGCUACAGCAAGUUCCCUCCUCAAACAUCUUAAAGCUUGCAGUUUGCUGUUAAACAGCGAUCAAGAGGGGUGCGUGAAAAUGCAUGAUGUUGUCCGGGACACUGCCAUAUCAAUUGCUUCAGCUGGAGAUGAACUUGCCUUUCUUGUGCACUCUGGUGCUGCCUUAAAGAAGUGGCUAAGGAGGGACAGCUAUGAGGCCUACACAGCCAUCUCACUCAUGUCCAAUGAAAUCCAGGAUCUCCCUGAUGGCCUAGUAUGCCCGAAACUCCAGACACUGUUGUUGCAGAAUAACAUUGACAUACAAGAGAUUCCUGAUGGCUUUUUUGAAAGGAUGGAAUCUCUAAGGGUCUUGGAUGUGAAUGGUGCGGAUAUCUCAUCACUACCCUCGUCACUUGGGCUUCUGCUGAACCUUAGGACGCUUUGUUUAGAUGGAUGCAAGUCAACAGACAUCAAUACUUGGAGAGUUGAGAAAACUUGAGAUUCUCAGCCUCAGAGAAUCCUGUAUUGAGGAGUUGCCCGAAGAAAUAGGAAAAUUAGUCAGCCUAAGGAUGUUGGAUCUCACCAUGAGUAGCGACCUCAAAAGAAUUCGAAGUAACUUGUUAUUAAGCUUGUCCCAGUUAGAAGAAAUCUACCUGCAGGGUAGUUUUGGAGACUGGGGGAAGCCGA